UCCUGCUUGGUGCGAUCAGUUCACCAGCUGCUUGUUUCCAUUGCCAACUUGCUUUUAAGCAACAUCGGCGAACCUGGCUCAUCUCAACACGAUCCAAACAAGAAGAUGGCCAUCGUCCGGAGCUUUGCACUGCCACUCCUCGCCGCUUUCUUCUCCAUCCAGCACCAUGUGGUGGCCUCGGUUACACCGGCAGCCGCCACGGCUGCUCCGUCCCCUGAUACCGCGUCCUUCCUCCGCUGCCUCGCCGUCGAUAUCCCUCCGCAAGUCGUCUACACGAACGCGUCCCCGUCGUACAACUCCGUCCUCGAAUCCUCCAUCAAGAACCUGCUGUUCGUGACGCCGUCGACCCCGACGCCGGUUGCCAUCAUCGCGGCGGCCGACGCCUCGCACGUCCAGUCCGCCGUGCGCUGCGGCGCGCGCCACGGCGUCCGCGUGCGGCCGCGCAGCGGAGGGCACGACUACGAGGGCCUGUCCUACCGCUCCCUGAGCGCGGUGCGCCCCUUCGCCGUCGUCGACCUGGCCGCGCUCCGCGCCGUCCGCGUCGACGCCGGGCGCCGCACGGCGUGGGUCGGCUCCGGCGCGACGCUCGGCGAGCUCUACUACGCGAUCGCCAACCGCAGCGCGCGCCUCGGGUUCCCCGGCGGCCUGGGCCCGACGGUGGGCGUCGGCGGCCACCUCAGCGGCGGCGGCUUCGGGCUGCUGCUGCGGAAGCACGGCCUCGCCGCGGACCACGUCCUCGACGCCGUCGUCGUCGACGCCACGGGUACCCUCCUGGACAGGGCCACCAUGGGGGAGGACCUCUUCUGGGCCAUCCGCGGCGGCGGUGGCGGGAGCUUCGGCGUCGUCCUGUCCUGGAAGCUACGACUAGUGAUCGUGCCGGCGACCGUCACGGUGUUCACCGUCCACCGGCCACGGAACCAGUCCGCGACCUCCCUCCUCACCAAGUGGCAACGCGUGGCACCCACCCUGCCCCCCGACGUCUUCCUCCGCAUCGUCCUCCAGAUCCAGGACGCGCAGUUCGAGUCCCUCUACCUCGGCACGCGCGCCGGCCUCGUCGCGACGAUGACCCGGUGGUUCCCGGAGCUCGGCGUGAAGCCUGAGGACUGCAUCGAGAUGACGUGGAUCGAGUCGGUCCUCUACUUCGCGUUCUACGGCACGGGGAAGCCGGCGGAGCUGCUCCUGGACCGGGGCACCAAGCCGGAGCGUUACUUCAAGGCCAAGUCAGACUACGUGACCAACCCGAUCCCGAGCCACGUGUGGGAGAGGACGUGGAGCUGGCUCCUCAGGGACGGCGCCGGGCUGCUCAUCCUGGACCCCUACGGCGGCCGGAUGGGCGACGUGUCGCCGUCGGCGACGCCGUUCCCGCACCGGCGGGAGCUCUACAACCUCCAGUACUACGGGUUCUGGUUCAAGAACGGGACGGAGGAGGCGGAGAAGCAUGUGGGAUGGAUCAGGGGGCUGCACCGGGAGAUGGAGCCGUACGUGAGCAAGAACCCCAGGGGCGCCUAUGUGAACUACAGGGACCUGGACCUCGGCGUGAACGACGACGGCGACGGCGGCGAUGGCGUGACUGGCUAUGAGAAGGCGAGGGUUUGGGGGGAGGCGUACUUUAAGGGAAAUUUUGAAAGGCUUGCCGCGGUGAAGGCGAAGGUGGAUCCCCAUGACUUCUUCAGGAACGAGCAGAGCAUUCCGCCUCUUCCGUCGUCCCGGAAAGGAUUGUCGGUUGUCACAUAGGUCGAAAGCCGAUUUGUUGCACAGACGUGGCAUAGAGGACUCAUGAAACUUUUUUGAUAAUAGAACAAUUGAAGAUUGAGUCCAUUUUACUUAAAAAAGCACAUGUACCUUUGCUAUUUUCAAAUUAAAAUUUAACAUCUAACUACUUUUGAAGCAUA